AUGAGGUCCUCCACGCUCAUUGCAGCAACCCUAAGCUGUGCACAAGCUUUUGUUCUACCACAGACUUUUCUGGACGCUUUCCAGCUUCCUUCAACGUCCGAUAUCAAUGUUGAAUCUUUCUGGCCUCAUAAACCCUAUUUCCUCAAGCACCAAGUGGACCCUCAGAGUUUCCCCGAUGAUAUCGAGCUUGCUGAACUUAACUCGACUGCGUGGGAUUUAUACCAAAUCGCGCAAACUUCCAACAAGUCGUAUGGCAACCCAACACGUGUUAUUGGUUCAGCAGGCCAUUGGAACACCAUCCGCUACAUUUUGCGCCAGUUCGACGACUUGAGGGACUACUACGAAAUUUCAACCCAAAGCUUUAAAGCCCUCAGUGGCAAAGUGCUCUCCUACAACUUGAAUUACACCUCCGGUGGUAAAGUGCCCACCUCGCAGGCCUUUAGCUUGUCGCCUCCUGUGAAACCCUUUAUUGGGAAAUUGGUUGAAAUUCCCAACUUGGGAUGUUCUGACGCGGAUUUUGAAGCUUUGGACGUCAGCAAAGGCUCUAUUGCCCUUAUCGAAAGAGGUGAGUGUCCUUUCGGCAAAAAAAGUGACCUUGCCGGUAAGCACGGUUUCAAAGCCGCUGUUAUCUACGACAACAAUCCAAAAUCCACCGAGGGUGUGAGUGGCUCUUUGGAAAAGCCUACCAAACAUACCGUUUCCACUAUCGGUGUCUCUUUCGCCGUGGGUCAAGAACUUAUCCUAGGAAUCACUUUGGACCCAGACUAUUCCUUGUACUUUGGUAUGGACUCGUAUGUCAAAGAGAUUAAAACUAAAAACGUUAUCGCUGACACCAAGCACGGUGACCCAGAGAAUAUUGUUGCUCUUGGUGCUCACAGUGACUCUGUGGCUGCCGGACCAGGUCUCAACGAUGAUGGUUCAGGUACAAUUUCGCUUCUCACCGUCGCAAAACACUUGUCAAACUACAAGAUCAACAACAAAGUUCGCUUCGCUUUCUGGUCUGCUGAAGAAGAAGGAUUGGUGGGAUCUAACUACUACGUGGACCAACUCUCUGAAGAGGAAAAUUUGAAAAUCAGACUGUUCAUGGAUUACGACAUGAUGGCGUCACCUAACUACCAGUAUCAAAUCUACAAUGCAAGCAACUCGGUGAACCCAAGAGGCUCAGAAGAGCUCAGAGACUUGUACAUCGAUUACUACACCAAGUAUGGGCAUAACUACACUCUGAUUCCCUUCGAUGGGAGAUCUGACUACGUCGGAUUCAUCGAAAAUGGAAUCCCAGGUGGUGGUAUUGCUGCUGGUGCCGAAGGAGUCAACACUGACAACGGCGAGGUAUUGGACGCAUGCUAUCAUGCGCUUUGCGAUGACGUCAGCAAUUUGAACUGGGAUGCCUUUUUGACCAACACUCAGCUUAUUGCUUACUCUGUAGCGCAUUUCGCCGACUCUUUGGAGGACUUCCCAGAGAGAAACGCUAAUGAAACCAAAUCAUUUGCAAGUACAGAGAACAUGCCCAAGUAUGCUUACAAAGGCGGUGCGUUAAUUCUUUAA